AUGCCCAUGGAGCUGGCCGCCGAGAAGCAGGAGGAGCAGCAGCGCUGGGCCGGCGCCGAGCUGCUGGUGUGCGCCGUGAUCCAGCUGCUGCUGGUGAACGUGGCCUACCGCAUCGACCGCAUGCGCCAGGCGCCGCUGCUGUCCACGUCGUCCUGGGCCAUUUUCUGCGGGCUGCUGAGCGGCGGGUUAUUGGCGCUUGUCUCGGAGGCGCGCGUGCAAGGCGCCGGCCUGGACCCGCAGAUCCUGUUCCUGGGGCUGCUGCCCCCAAUCAUCCUCGAGGCGGGCUUCAACACGCAGCGCAAGGGCUUUUUCAGCAACUUCUUCGCCAUUUUGCUAUUGGCAAUAGUUGGUACUUUGCUGGCCACCUUCGCCACGGGCGGGAUCCUGCUCUGGCUGGGCAGCCUGGGGCUCGUCACGCCGCUCACGUCGGCCGAGGCGUUCCUCUACGGGUCCCUCAUCUCGGCCAUCGACCCCGUGGCCACGCUGCUGGUGUUCAAGAAGUGCCGCGCGCCGUCGCUGCUCUUCAACUUGGUGUUCGGGGAGAGCGUGCUCAACGACGCAGUGGCCAUCGUCAUCUUCACGCUCUUCCAGAGGUUCGUGGAGAGCGGCAACUCGGAGGUGAACGUGCAGGUGGCCAUGUUCAUGGUCUUCCGGCUGCUGAGCAUCGGCGUGGGCUCCGUGGCGCUGGCCGGGGCCAUCUGCUACUCGUCCGCCUACUUCCUGCGCCACUCGGACCCGGCCCUGCGACAGCACCCGAUCUACGAGAUGUCCAUCAUCCUGCUGAGCUGCUACGCGAGCUACCUGGCCGCCGACCUGUUCGAGCUCAGCGGCCUGCUGGCCGUCUUCUUCAGCGGCGUCUUCAUCCGGCACUACCACAUGUACAAUAUCUCCAAGGCCAGCGCCUUCGCCUUCAAGCAGCUGUUGUCCACCAUGGCGUUUCUGGCCGAGAACUUCAUCUACCUGUACCUGGGGCUCAGCGUGUUCGCCUACCGCGACUCGUUCGUCUGGGACUGGGGCUUCAUCUUCGCCAACUUUGGCGCGUGCUUGCUGGCCAGAGCGCUCAACACGUUCCCGCUCUGCUCGCUGGCCAACUUGGGCCGCUCCGAGACCCAGAAAAUCCCCUUCUCGUACAUGAUCGUCAUCUGGUUCUCUGGCCUGCGAGGCGCCAUUGCGUUCGCGUUGGUGCUGAACGUGUCGACUGGAGACCCCGUGCACGCGGCGAUUCUCAAGAGCUCGACGCUGUUCCUGGUGCUGUUCACGACGGUGUUCUUCGGCAUGGCCACGGGGCCUCUGCUGCGUGUCCUGGGGCUCACCGGGGACCCGCAGCCCGAGCGUGAACUUGCCACUGACGAAGACGCAUACACGGGUGAGGCCGACGAGCAGCAGCCGCUGCUGCAGCCCACUAUUUCUCCUCCUGGUUCGGUGAGUGUCCACAGCAGAUGGGUCGAGCUGGACGAGAAGUACCUCAAGCCGGUCUUUGGUGGCAACCCGCGUCCAAAGAGCGACCUGAACCUGGCGAGGUAUACCGAGAUCGAGAAUGGAGAUCAACUGCCGAGCGCAUGA